ACAUAAUAGCAGAGCAGGCAGAACAAGAACGUGAGAUUGAACGCGUAGCAGAAGAGUAUGCAGAACAAGAACGUGAGAUUGAACGAAUGGCAGAAGCUGAAGCUGCUGAGGAAGCAUGGAUCGAGAGACAGGUAGAUGCUGCAGCAGAACGCACCCAGCAGAGGAUCGCAAAUGCUGAACAGGCCCAGGAGCUGGAUCGUGUGGAUUACGAUAUUGCUAUACCUUCCCAGCAUUCCUACCUUGAUAUGGCUUUGACACGAGUUGAAGGUUACAACUAUUGGUUGGAAGGUCAUCACGUGAACUUGUACAUAAUACCACUUGACGUUAUUGUAAUACCAGGACAAAGUCUUCCUCUCAGAAUAAGACAGAGCACCCUGCAGUUUGCCAUGGUCCGAGCUCUUCUUGACACCAAUCAGAAGACAUUUGGCGCUGUUUACCUUCCCGCAGAACGGGAGACUUUGGUGCUCGAUCGCAGUUGGUCACAAAUCGGUGUAACAGUUCAAAUUGUGGAGGUUUCAGAUGAGACACCCAAUGAAAUUGUGCUCAAGUGCAAAGGUAGACAGAGGUUCAAGACGAUUUCCACACAACGGAGGACGCCCAUCCUCCACGCCAAAGUCAAGAUCCUAGCGGACCACAUUCCGGACAGAUUAUACGAUCCACUGGGGAAGUUACGUGAUUCCUUCAAGUUAAGCUCGCAUCCCACAUGGCUGUAUAAGAGUCACGAUGUGUACACCAUUGUGGGCGUUAUAAAGGAAGAGAUUGCACGCUACAGUCCCUUGAUCAAAGUAAACGUUGCCCCGGUGCAGCCAGACAUGUUUUCCUACUGGCUCAUCAGUGCAAUGCCCUUCAAAUUCAACCAGAGAGCGGAGAUGUUACGAGAGAACAACCUGGUAGUGCGUCUGAAAUCCCAGCUGGACCACAUCAAGGAACUAAACCAGUUCGACUAUUGUUGCCAGCUUUGUGGUAAAGAUAUUAUUAAUUCUAGCCGGCUUGUCUCCAUGUCAGCAGACGGUUCCUUCUUUGUUAAUCCCCAAGGUUUCGCUUUUGAGCUGAUCACAGCAUACAGUGUACAACACGCCAUAGCAGACGGGGUACCCACCACACAAGACUCAUGGUUUCCUGGAUACGCCUGGAGUUACCUCAAGUGUCUUAGGUGUGAUAGUUUUCUGGGUUGGAAGUUCACUGCAGUUGUUGAGGAGACCCAGCCACGAAUCUUUUACGGAAUUCAACGGAAAGUUGUCAGGGUGCUCAGACAUAGCGAAGUCGAACCUGAACCAGAAGAAGAUAUUACUGACAUUAAUUUCGGCAGAGAUCGAAUAAUUUAUGAAGCGGACGGAAUCUACCCCAGAUACAUAUAAAUCAUCUGAUAACUCUCAAAUACUUUUCAUCAUCAUCUGAAUAUUACUCUCUCCUGGUGAGACGAAUAUAUCAAAUAAUUAUUAUCUGGGUUUACCAAUCAGGGGAGAUUUUAUCACCGAGAAGUGAGAACAGACAUUUGGUUUGUCUCUAAGUUUUACCAACAAAAAACAUGCAGAAACAAUUCUCAGCAGGACGAUGAAUCAAUAAGAAUCAAACUUUACAUUCAAUUUACAUUUAAACUUGUUCAGGGAUCGAGAUUCAAGUCUAAAUUAACAGCAUUUCAGUUUUAUUUUAUACGAUUUGCAAAUGGCAGGUUAUUUAUUUUAUUUAAUAUUUUAAACACUUUUAUUUUGUCAACUAAAGUUAUAUGCGCAGAUAUGUUGCUUAUACCUUCGAUAUCUUGGACUUUGAUCAAUUUUAAAAUAACAAGAAGGUAAUUUGAUCGAGUCACGUACUCAAUUAAUCCUAAUAAUCUUAUACAAAUUUAUAAAUCGCAACAUCAAACUCUUCUUCGAUCAAUAUCAUUAAAUAUCAUAACUUUUUGUACAGCAUGUCUCAUGAUAUUGCUCUCUU